AUGCAGAACGCACACGGGGUAGGCACACGUGUGUGCAGAGAGCCUGCACAAGAUGGACAUGUGCAUAUGCACACAUGGACACAUCCAGAGCUCACACAGGAUAUAUAUGCAUGCAUGCACACACACAAAGUGCUUACACAGGUUUUACACAUGAGAGGGCACCUAUGCUCACACCGAAUGUGUGUACACGUGUGUGUGCAUGUACACAAAGAGCCUCAGCAGAGGCCACACCUCAGUCUGAACAAGGAGAGGCUCCCGGGGAUGCUGGUAUCACAGCUGUUUUCCUUGCUAGUACAACACUCAGGGCUCCUCCAGAACCUCCACUCUCCACUGACUCUGCCCUCCUCUGGUCCACCCUCUCUCAGCCUCCCUGGCCUCCUUCCUUUCCGCCUGGAUCAGGGCACCAAGGACAGGCCUUAG